CUAACAGCUACAUAGGUAUCAACUCAAAAGUAACAUUUUGUCUAAAUUUCAGGAGUAUGUUUCACAGUUUGUAUCCAGGAAUUCCAGCAUCAGUACAAACAGAAGAAAGUUGGCUUCAAGAAUCUUCCAGCAAAAAGCAGCCGAGGAAGAAAAUGCCCUCUGUGAUGAAGAAAGCUAAACCUGGAGGCCGGGCUGCUGCGUUAAGAGAAAAAUGGGUAAUUAAUCCAGAAGAGCCAAAACUAAAUAUUUUAUGUGAGCUGGAGUUUAAGGAAGACUUCCUAAGACUGUUUGAAUCUUCUCUGAGAACCUUACCCAGCAUCGGGCCGCCAUCCAUUCUGGCAUUCAAACAGGAGAGUUCCAAUUUAGACAUUCAGUUCAAGGAAGAAGAGGAGGAGAUAUCGCCCAAGUGUGAAUUUUGUGGGAGCGAUUUAAGAACAUUUCUUUCCAGUGUGGAUGUGUCCUCUGACUACAGUGGCUCUGAACCGAAAGAGCAGACCUCCUGUUGCAGUUAUUUCCAAAAUCUGGUCGACUACAUCUAUGAGGAAGAACAAAACAUCCAAAGCUCUGAAGCUGAGUUAAUCUGUAUCAACCCUCACGCAGCCCACGGCAGUGAGGUCGACAGACUCAAAGCAAAGGAAAAAGCCCUGCUGAGAAAACAGGAACGACAAAUGGCCAGACAUUUUGCAGUAAGAACAAAUGAAAAGACAAAUUUCUCUGAAGAAGAUUCAAAGAACUUUAAACGAAUUUCUUAUCACCUUUCCAUGAAUAUUCCAGAAAAAGAGCCAACUGAUGACAGACUAUCUGAUUUUCAAUUAGACCAAAGAAACAUAUCCAUUUUCUGUUGUGAUUCUAGGACAGCGUGUGGCAAGAGUGUGAGCAACGAGCUUUUAGAGAAGCAUUACAAGCAUGGGAGCAAGUUUCUGACUUCCUUUCCAGAUGGGACAAUGCAAAUAUUCUAUCCAUCUGGAAACCUAGCCAUCAUUCGAGUGCCCAACAAGAUAAAUGGUUUCACUUGUAUAGUCCAAGAUGACAUGCCCACUAACCCUGCGAUCCUGGGAGUGCUGGAUUCUUCUGGCAGAAGUUCCUGCUAUCAUCCCAAUGGAAAUGUCUGGGUAUACAUCAAUAUCUUGGGAGGUCAAUAUUUUGAUCAAGCUGGCAACAGAGUGAGGGCUUGGAAUUGGUCAAGUUCUGUUGCUUCCUCACCCUUUGUUUCAUUUAAACCUGUCUUCCUGGCUUUGAACCAUUAUGUUGGAGUUCGCAUCGUAGAACAAGACAAGAUUUCAAUCACUUUUCUAGCAAUGGGCCAACAGGCAAGAAUCAGUGUCGGAACCAAAGUGAAGGUACCAAAGCCUGAGGAGAUUCCAGUUCUCCGGCACCUGAAUGGGGAUGACCUCUUUCUCCUGGCCAGUUUAAUCAAGAUUCGACGCCUGUUUCAUAAACUUGAAGGAUGUGUGAAUUUUCCCUCCAGCCAGGUUUGGAAAAAAUUAGAGCAACCUUCCUACCUUUCUUCACUUUCUCUAAAACUAAUGGCCCUUUGUCACAAUUCCGGUAUAAAGCAAGAUAUGAUAACAACAAUAGCAGCUAUAAUAAAUGAAAAAAUUUAA